UUGCGUGGAAAACCUAGUAAUGCCAUUAAAGUGUAUAUUGGUGUCGGCCAAAAAAAAAAAUUGGCAUACUCGCCCUCUUUAAUGCUUGGCUUAUAUAUAAUGCAAGCAUAUAGUUUGUAACUCUCACAAGAGGAGAUUUUCUUCUAUAAACCAGAUUAUAUCAUCAUUAAUAUACGCACCAACCAAAGGCUCCUCCCUCUCUCCCUCUCCCUAAUCUCUCAUUCAAACUAGUUUGAACCUUUUUGAAUUUCGACCAAUGGAUCAGCAAGUCGACCAAACUCUCGUCGUUCCCCACGAGCAGUCCGCCAGCCCUUCGAGUAAUGGCUCGAUGGGGCGCGAGGCAAACCCUGGGCAGUCCCUUCAACUCGUGCUGUACAACAAGGCCGGCCCUUUGGCUGCUAACCGCCCGCACGAGCCGCCCCGGGACGAGAGGGUGCCGGCACCCGCGCCGCCCCCUCCCGAGGAGAGGUCCCAGUGCGGUAAGCCCAAGGUUUUCUCGUGCAACUACUGCCAGAGGGUGUUCUCGUCAUCCCAGGCCCUCGGGGGACACCAGAAUGCCCAUAAGCAGGAGAGAGCCCUCGACAAGCAGCGGCGAGGGCUCGAGCUCGGUUCUCUGGGCCCGCCCUUCUCCUAUCUGUCCUCAGCCUUAGGUGUCCAGGUCCCUGCCAUGUAUGGAUCAUUUGGUCGGUCUCCCCUUGGGGUUAGGUACGACUCGAUGAUCCACAAGCCGAAACCCUACAUGUUCCCUGUCAAUUUGGCGGCAUACCCGCUUGGGGGUUUCAGGCAUGGCUGUAGUAAUCCGCCACCACAUCCCUUCAAUAGGCCGAGGAUGGAUGCACCAGUUCAAGCUCACAUGAGAGGCGGGCCCGGGCUAGGGCUAGGGCUCGGGCUUGGUCGGGUUCCUCAGGUUCCGAGCGAAUAUAAUAGCUAUCAGGCAACAAACAACAGGCAGACGAUGGUCCAAUCCAACGACACUGUUAAGCAGAAGAAGGCAGAAGUCCCCGAAACUGACCCUUCAGGGAUCGACCUUACUCUUAAGCUGGGGAUCUAG